AUGAACAUCAACCUUAAUAAUUGCACCUUGAUUUGCAUAUUUUUUUCAAAGGUGGCUUUUGAUUCGAACUUUGAUCAAUUCGUGAAUGGCGUACUUCAUGAAAUCGCGGUCAAGAGCACUGAAGAACUGGCAACCGUGUAUUUGUGGAGAAAAUAUUCACGCUCCACGUUCCGGCUGAAUCGAACUUCUAUCACCGGUGACUCCUCAUUGCCAAAGCGAUCGAGUAGUAAAACCCCGACCAAGAAGCUCAAGCACUCCAGGCACUCUAAACGUUGCGAACUAACUAGCCCUUCAAAGCCGCAGGAUCCCACACUUCCAGGCACAUGGGUCGAAUGCAGUUUGUGUACAAAAUGGCGCUACUUACCUGAUGUUCACGACCCAAGUCUGAUUGACAUCAGCUGGCACUGCGCAUUACACCCGGCCAGUGGGGGAGUCGUCAACGCGUGCGAUAGACCUCAAAGUCCCCUACCAGCAGACGCGGAUGACGAAUGUAUCUACACCAAAUUCGCCGUUGGGUCUAUUGUGUGGGCAAAACUCCAAGGAUAUCCAGAGUGGCCCGCUAUGGUUUAUUACAACAAAAAUGGCCGAUACGCUGAAUUCAAUUGUCGUACGCGAGAAGUGACACAUUAUUACGUCGUGUUUCUGGAUCCGACUCGAUCCACAGUCAGCCGAAUCCGCUCGAACCGACUGCGGCGCUACACCGGAUUAGAGGAUCACGUUUCAUCCCAAACUCAUCAAAGGAAAUUUCGAAAGCGGAUUGAAGCGGCAGCCGAGGAGGCACAAAACGCCCUUCUCUUACCCAUACAGAUUAAUAAAGCCAUUACACAGCUGAACGGCACUCAUCUUCAUGUGCCGCCCAGGAAGCGUGGUCGGCCGAGGAAACGUGAGAUCUGCGAAACGGUGCAGGAUUUAUUACCCUUGGCGUCCAACUUGAAGACACACUGGGUGUCAGAGCGGACAAGAUGCAUCACACCACUUGCAACGCAGUGCGCCGUUGAAUCAAAGGAUCAACAGUCCGCCACAUCAAAAGUCAAAGAUGUAUUCGAGAACUCAUGGGAAUACGAUGCCCUUGAGUCUUCCGAGCUCCUGGACGAUUCUGAUAUCCAAUCACCACUACUAUUGCAAGCUGUGGAUUCGCGAGAGGCGGUUCGUCAGCAUCACACUGGUGGAUGGGGGGGGGGGGGGGGGGGGGGGGGGGGGGGGGGGGGGGGGGGGGACGCCAACCUGAUCGGGUCAUCCAGGUUGAGUCCUAUUUUUUACGCGACAUCACACUCAUUUGUCACGGCUCAAUUCAACUUUAUCGCCCCUAACAUAGAGGAAGGGUCCAACUACGAAGCGAUGCUGCACACAACUGGUACAUGUUGA